AUGAUUCGUCUUUGGAAAUCGAUUUUAUUCGCCUUGUUUGUCAUAUCUAAUAUUUUCACUUUAAUUUUUGGUGCGCGCCCCUUUACCAUCGAUUUCGAUGUCCUUGAUUACGAUAUCAAUCCGGAAUUUGUCAAUUUCAUUGAUUUCAAAUUAAUUCCAUACAAAGGCCACCAGGCCGUCAAUGGCACCAUUAUUUUCCGCAGGGAUGUGGUUGGUAUGCGCCUCGUCCAUUGGGUGACAUCGACGAAAUCGGAUGGCCGUUUAUGGAAUAUCUACAAUAUAACGGUAAAUGGUUGUGACAUUUUGGCCAAUAAAUACAGCAAACUAAAUGUCAUAAUGGAGGCAGUGGUGCAGAGGAUAAAACAAGCCAUACCGGCCAUACCAAAGAAAUGUCCUCUCAAGAAGGAAAAGAAAUAUUCUUUGCUAAACUUCUUUUUGGACGAAGAAAUGAUGCCGGUCUAUGUGCCAAACAUAAAAAUUCAAACAGCCUUUAAUGUGUUGAGUCGUAUGGACUUUGUUUUGAAACUCCGCCUGACGGCCCAUGUUGAGUCAAAAAUUGGCAAAAGAAAUGGCGAACAAACUAAUAAAAAGUCAAUAUGA